CAGCUGGAGGAGGAACAGCAGGGCCUGCAGAAGAAGCUGAAGGGCACAGAGGAUGAGGUGGAGAAGUACUCCGAGUCCGUCAAGGAGGCCCAGGAGAAGCUGGAGCAGGCGGAGAAGAAAGCUACAGACGCUGAGGCUGAAGUGGCUUUUCUGGACCGACCUACCUGAGGAAGAGUUGGACCGAGCCCAGGAGCGCCUGGCCACCGCCCUGCAGAAGCUGGAGGAGGCUGAGAAGGCGGCUGAUGAGAGCGAGAGAGGCAUGAAGGUCAUCGAAAACAGGGCCAUGAAGGAUGAGGAGAAGAUGGAACUCCAGGAAAUGCAGCUGAAGGAGGCGAAGCACAUAGCGGAGGAGGCUGACCGCAAAUACGAGGAGGUUGCCCGCAAGCUGGUCGUCCUUGAGGGAGAGCUGGAGCGCUCAGAGGAGAGGGCAGAGGUGGCGGAGAGUAAAUGUGGUGACCUAGAGGAGGAGCUGAAAAUUGUCACCAACAACUUGAAGUCCCUGGAGGCCCAGGCUGACAAGUAUUCCACCAAGGAGGACAAGUACGAGGAGGAAAUCAAGCUUCUAGGGGAAAAACUGAAGGAGGCUGAGACCCGGGCAGAGUUUGCAGAGAGGUCCGUGGCGAAGCUGGAGAAAACCAUCGAUGAUCUAGAAGAGAGUCUGGCCAGUGCCAAAGAGGAGAACGUGGGCAUCCACCAGGUCCUGGACCAGACCUUGUUGGAGCUGAACAACCUCUGAGCUGCCCCGGGGAGCCCCCGUCCCUCUUCCCUACCCCACACGUGCACCCCACUGGCACGCUCGGGACGUCAUCAGCUGAACUGCGUCUUGGCCAAAUCCACACAUCCAUUGAGAAGGGAAGCCCUGCAGCCUGACACCGUGGCUCGGGGGCGUCUUGUCUGUGCACAGCCUGACCGGCUCUGUCCUGUCUUCAUGUCCAAAUAUUAAAGCAGUUUGACAAGA